AUCGGCCGAGGCGACAAUUGGAAUCACUCUGGACGAACUGAGGGACAAAUCUUUGCACACAGCCUUCGUCUCAGCCCAACGGAAUAACAUGCUCCGGCUACUGUCUUCAGGGCGAACCAUGACCAGUGUCCAUGCAACCUUUGAGAAAAGUGGAUACGAAGUGAUACUGAACAUCAGCGGAUUCGAAGGGAAGGCCUCUACGGUGGUCUGUAUGGCCGAUAAAACGAAGGAGAUGGAUUUGACACACCAGCUGAACUCUAUAGAGGAGAUUGUAUCGACCAUGUCCGACAUCUCUUUCAACGGCAUGGCGGAGAUCGACGCAGAUGGCAUUCUGCUGGCCAUGAAUCCAAGAUUGGAGAAGUACAAUCAGUACAAUAACACACUCGUUAUUGCUGUUAAAGUAGUGGUGGUAUGA